UCUUCACAAAGAUGCUCGCUUCUAGUUUUAGUAUAAAAUUGUACCUCCAAUGUCAACCAUCUAUAUAGACACUGUGGUUCAUAUGGUAGUGUCAAUGUCUGAUGUACAAGAAUAAAUCGAGUUUAUUUAAUGAAAAGAAAGAAAAACAGAGCAAACAUGAAGGAUUUGGCUCUUCUGGAAAAAGCUUUGGAAAACGAGAAGAAGCGUAGCUCGAGUUUAUCGAUGAAAUUAAAAAAGGUACGGGCUGAAAAAGCGAAACUCGCGGAAUCUAUUAACGUCUCGCAUCACGAAAAUUUCAUGCGGGCUCAUUCAACGUCACUUGAGGAACAGCACGAUUCCUUGUUUACGGCAUCCAGAAGUAAUUUAUCAGCAGCAACGAUUAAUAUUCCCGAGUGUAAACCCGUUGCUAACGAGGAGGAAAUCGACAAACAAUCCUAUGAAAGAUGGAAGGAAAUAUUAGAAGCCUCAAUUCAACUAGUUGGUGCUACGGAUGAAAUCACAAAAAUGAAUAUUUUAAAAGUUAAGGCAGGAUCAAAGCUGUUAGAGAUCCUUGAUAAUACACCUUCUACACAGAACUGUCCGGAUCCGGUAUUGGCUCCAUAUUCAAACGCUUUAAAUCGUUUUAGCCAAUACUUUGGCUCUCGUCAAUAUAAUUUAAUGCAACGCCAGAAAUUAUUGUCAACCGUGCAAAUUGAUGGGGAAACAGAUACAAAGUAUCUAAACCGUGUAAUUGCUACUGCAAAACUGUGUGGCUACGACGAUGAUAGAGUAGUUGAUAGUGUGGCCGAAGUUAUACAAACUCACGCCGUUAACAUAAAGGUUCGCGAAGCAGGACGAAAAAUGCUUAGGAAAGGUGGAUCGUUAGCCGAUUUAAUUGUUAAGGUUCGAGGUUACGAUUUGGAUAAAGCAAACGAAGAGAUUUUCGCGAAAACUCACCCUAAGGUUUUGCAUUCUGGAAUUGCCACAUUAGCAUAUAAUAAUUCAAGGUUCCGAUACUCCAAUAGUAAGUUAUCUAACUAUUCGCGAGGGGAGCCACGAUACGUUGGAAACUGGAAAAAUUUUCGCAAUCAAGGAACUGUAUAUGAUAGAGCUCAUGAGAAAAAGUCAGAAAACAUAACAAAUCAAUGCUGGAGAUGUACGAGUCGUUACCAUUUACCUUCUGAGUGCCACGCGAUACGAAAGGUGUGUCGAAAUUGUCAGGUCGUUGGGCAUAUAGAACGAGCCUGCCGAAAGAUGCCGUUGCCGAGUUUAUUGAAGCGCAAAGAUAGUAGUCCAGAUGGAAGGGAAACUAAAUCCAAAAGGAUAGCUGUAGUGGAAAAGGAUGAGAAAGAUUUAGAGGAAACACAGCCUUGCGAGAAACAAGAUACUUUUUCGGUAAAUAAAUACACAGGGUCAAAAGAUCAAGACGGUGUUAUCGUUGGUCGUAUAGCUGGUAUAUUCGUGCCCUUUUUGAUCGAUUCAGGAGCUGAAGUGAAUACGAUUGCGGAAAGUGUAUUCGAUUUGCUAAUGAGCUAUGAUCUGUGUAGAGAACAACUAUUCUGCUUGGCGCAGGGCACAGAUGAACCAUUGAAAGCGUAUGCUAGUCCAGUUUUAACAGAAUUGUUGCGAGAUACCAACUACAAGCUACGAACAAAAUUGCGAAGGGAAAUGUACACGCGUAGUGCUGGCUGUUUUUGGAGGUGCGCUGCAGAAAAGAUAUUAUGGAAAGAAGGAAAGGUGCUACCUAGAUUCUUAAACUACUUAAACUGAAGAUACUAGCCUAAAUUCUUACAACGUAACUCCUGCAACAAUUUACGCAUAAUCUCUGAUAAGUAUAUUCUAUUCCUAACAUUAAUAUGCUUGUUUCAUUUUAGGUGGAAACUCCAUUAGUUUUGAUAUAUUAAGUUUACUCAACUGGUUUCCCUGGAUACGUUUUGCUUAUUCCCUAGGCUCUAAUCGUUCUUUCGAACUUUAUUCACUAAGGUAUUCAAUUCUGUUCUCACGAUCGAAUGCAAACUGUUAUUUGCUUGGUUUCUUGGUCAUUCAAAAGGUGUACAUAGCUUUCGAAGAACUUUAAUAUGAUUUAGAUGUUUUGUUUUGAUGUGACAUAGACUGGUGAAACUUUUUUAAAUAUUUGCAGUGGAAGAUUCCCAUCCUCUUUCCUGUUUCGUCUUCCAGUUCGUAACAAUGGUCACUUGCAAUUCUUUUGAUCAGUGCAGAUACAUAUUUUUGUGCCAGCUUAGAUCAAUAAUUUUUUGCUUUGUCAGAAAGUUCCGUGUUCUUUUUCAGAACUUUCUCGCCCACCGCAUACUGAGGGCAUUUUGCAUUUGAUCUGAGGUUAUAGUAUCUGGAAUGUUUUUAAAACGCCUUUUUAAGAUUUUCCUUCACUUCUGCGUAUAGUUUUGACCUCUUCGUGUCGUCUUAAAUCCCACUUCCAACGGUAUUAUCUCGUAUAUAGCGGUAUUCUCUCCCAUCCGAAACCAUAUUUCUCCCGAAAAGGACGAAGAAAGGUGUGUAUUUGGUGGCCUCAUGUACAGAGUUUCGUAUUGCACUUGCGAUUGUUUGUAUGUUAUUUGCACAAUCCCGGUGAUUGUUUUUAAUUGUGGCCCGAACUGAUGUUGUUAAAACUCUGUUGACUCUUUCCGAAUCAUUGAUUCGUGGAUGAUAAUUAGGUGCUUUCCAGUGGGUGACGUAGUACCGGCCCAAUAAAUCUUGAAACAAUUUAGAUGUGAAUUGGGUCCCGUUAUCCGUUAAAAUUACUUCGGGGACCCCGAAUAAUUGAAACAACAUGUUGUCCACAAAUGAAACAAGGGUUUCCGCCGUGGCUUGUCUGAAUGGUUGUACCAAAAUGAAUUUACUAAAGACGUCUGUUAAAACCAGUAAACAAGUACUUCUAGUUCUCCUCGAUGUCGGCAAUGGCCCGACGUAAUCCAUGGUUACGAAUUGCCAGGGAUAUUCUGCGAUCUUUCGCUGUACCUUGAGUGGUGCUGUGUUGUUCACAUUUGUUGCUUUGCUAGUUUGACGUACGUAACAAUUUCGACAGACAUGUUUUGUUUCGGUCCAAAAAUAUUUUUCCCGGAGAGCUGCAAUCGUCUUUUUAAACCCCAAGUGGGCUGAUCCAUGGAUUUUCUGCAGAAUUUUUUCUCUCCUGUUUUGGCAAGUAUAUUUUCCAGCAGAAACGGUCAUCAAGCUUUUUCUGGCUUUUAACAAAUUUAUAAAUUUGUCCGUCAACGACUCGAAAAUCUAUAUACGCCUGUGGGUCGGCUGUAAUUCGUUGGACCAGAUCUUGGUAAUCCGGGUCUAACGAGGUCGUACAGAUUGUAUCCAAGGAACGGCUUAAACAAUCUGCAGUGAAGUUCUGCUUGCCCUUUCGAUACUCUAAUUCAAUAUCGUGUGAUUGAAUUUUAAGUGCCCAUCUAAGUAAUUUCGAAUUGCCAGACUCGACUCCUAUACUAAGCAAACUUCGUGCAUCAGUAAUUACCUUGAACUUACUUCCUUCGAUAAAAUGCCGGAAGUGUUCAAUGGCCAGAAGAACGCCCAAGCAUUAUUUUUUUACGUUUGCAUAACAUUUUUUAGUGUUACUAAGCUUUUUACUGAAGUAAGCGAUGAUUUUCGGUUCUCCAUUCAGCUUUUGAAUUAACGCCGCUCCUACAGCAUUAUCCGUUAAAAGUUGAUAUAAUUACUCCCGGGUUUCCACAAAUAUAGCAGAACGUAGUUUUCGUUUGUCGCCAUACUCGCCAAAAAUAUUCAUGCUGUCUACAGUUCCAGCAUAAAGGAAGUCUGGUAGUUUCCAGCUGAGUCUCCGUUGAAUCUCGCCGUCCUGUUCGGUCUUGAGGUUGCGCCUGACCUUCUCGAUUCCCACUUAAUCUGUUAUUCUGUCGCCGUUGUUUUUCGAUAAUGUUCAGUUCCUCCUCGUCCUCAAUUUCCUUUUGCAGCUCAGUCAAUUUUGUAUCAAUCAUUAAUAUUAUGUCACCAUUUGAUUGGAAAUAUUUCUACGUAUUGAUUUGAAUGUUCAUAGCCAUGUAUUUUUAAUUUUAUAUCAUUGAAAUGUUGAUUAAUAGCUAGCAGUGUCCUAUUUUGGCUGCAAUCUCCGGCAUACCGGAUUUCCCUGCCAUAGUCGACGGUUUUGAAGGAGUAAGCGAUAUAUCAAAGGGAAAGCAGCGCUCUGAUUGGUCAAUCGAAGCAAAAGCAAAGCUGUUGGAAGCACGCGAAUCUACGAACAGAAGCGAAAUUAUAGCUAACGUUUCAGUCUCAUGCGUAGCUUGCUAGAGAUAGGUUGUUGCUACACAGCAAGACAAAAAGUGCCAUAAACGAUUUGAAGCUUUUAUUGGUAUGCUCUGAUCUUGUGUCAUGCAAGAUUGGAUGAAACCCCAUGUUAUGUCGUUUCGCCUGAGAAAUUGACAACUACCCCAGGGUAAAUUUUGAGUGCAUAGGACUAAUUUCUAAUUUAUAUAAGAUGAACUCGAUUGAUAAUGAGAAAUAUUUUAUCGCUUCAACCGAAAUCGCAAAAUGGUACUAAUGGUAGAGAAACGCUAUAAAAAUAACUGCUUGCAUACAAAACUUGAACACAAGCUUGGUGAAGAGAAGCUUAAAUAUCGAUAUCCGUAUCGCAAGUAUGUACAAACAUUUAAUUGUAUACAUUUGGGCUAUUGAUGUAAUUUCGUCGGCUACGAAACAAAUACAAAUCACGAUAAAUAGAGUCUAUAUUCUGGGUUCGCGUGUUCGAUGUUGAUUCCUAAUAAGGAUCAAUCUAAGCAGACUCUUGUGCAUUUGCGGAUUCAAAAGUGUGACGAUUAAUUGAAAAUGUCAAUCAUUGGAAAUUUUGGUAGCCUUGUUCCACUUCAACGGCUCGAACAACCCCAUGAGGCUGAUCCUUGUAGUUUUUCUGAUGAUUUUGUAAGAAGUUUGUUCAUCCGUUCGAUGUCCGAUACAAAUGCAAUGAACGAUUGAUCGUGUCUCACCAGAGAAGAAAAGAUUCCAUUUUUCAAUCCACCUGUCAUAAUUAGUUCCUCUUUCUCGAGUCGUUAUAGAGGAUACUUCAAUUGGUUCAUCGCUUGCUUCGCUCUCAAUUUCUGAAUUUGGACUUGCCAUGCUGUUAGACAUUGGAUGUUCGAAAAGAUUAUUUUUCGUUCUUUACACCGAUGCCGAUGGUGGCUUUCUGUUGUCUCGAAUUCUAUUACCUUCAGUCGAUACAUCUCUGUUAACUCACUGCUUUUGCCACUCUUGUCGUGGGCUACAACGCGUAUUCAAAUUUGCAUCUGCUAUUCGAUCUAUUAGUAAAUCUAUAACCUUGCGCAUUUCUCCCAUCUUUCUUUCCAUAUCUCAAAGUUUGACUUUUAGUUCCUUGGUAGUAGGUUCCCGACAGUUACAUUUUGGAUCCGGUUCUUGUUCAACGUCGGUCCUUUUGCUCUUUGGAAUAGUACCCGUGUUCUUAGAACUACCCAUGAUUUAACUGAUGUUCACGUUAUCGAAAUUUUCAAAACUAACGUUCGUGGCCAUGCCUCCCACGCGACCGUUGAGAUUUUGAUUUGAAUUAGUUUCGACUUCCAGAGGAUUAAAAAUAACUGCAUUCAUUUCGAUUUCUUUAUGACUUUCCUUUAUAGGAUUCACUAGCAAACUUUGUUCUAUGUCGGUCUUUUUCCUCUUCGGAAUAGUACCCGUGUUCUUAGAACCACCCAUGAUUGGACUGAUGUUCACGUUAUCAAAAUUUCCAAAACUAACGGUCGUGGCCAUGCCUCCCACGCGACCGUUGAGGUUUUGCUUUGGAUUAGUUUCCACUUCCAGUGGACUCAAAAGCUCUUCUUCUUCGCCUUUUUCAGACAUAUAUUUUAAUUGUACACCUUGAAUUUCCAACAAAUGACAAAUAACUGUUACCAAUGAAUCUCUUAAACUUUUCGAUUCUACCGAAGUUUUACGGUUUUUCGCGCGGAAAUCAUAAUAUUUUAGUCGCGAAAUGGACUUAGGGUCUUUCUUUUUUUUGUUUCAAUUAUAGAGGCUUUAACAUCUUUGGUCAUUCGCCUCUUCGGACCAGAAAAACUUUCUGACCCUAAGUGCGGGGUUGGGAAUCGAACCCUGGCGGGCUGCGUGAAAGGCAUCAACUAUCCCAUCACGCUAUACCCGUCCCCUAGGGUCUUUCUUGUUUUUCAAGCAAACUCCUAUCGAGGUCACUCGCGAGUGUAUAAUAUCGUAGUCUUGUUCGAUCGGGUAAAUUGAUUGAUAUUCCCGUUUCUCUUUACUGUCGUCGCGGAAUAAUGCCUAUAGAAAAUUUUGUUUAGUUUCUAAGUCUAACUUAAGUUCAUCUGUGUAGUUCCUCACUAUGAGCUCAAAGUCGACUUCAUCAUUUAGAAGGUGCUUUUCAUAUGGGAGCUUGAAGCUCAUAAUUAUUUUAUUUUCAGAAACCCGAAGCAAUUACAAGUAAACCCAGAUUAAUCGUUUAAAGUGGCUUCACCACCUUAUGCGAGUAAACGAUAUUAUCCAUCCAGGCAACCAAUGAUACACAAAUGUACACCAGUCAAACAAAUCAUAUAAACAUAAUCAAUCCAUCUUUAUUGAGUAAUUUAAGGUAUCAUUAUUUAGCUCACUACAUACUAUCGCUUCCUUAAACGCAGUACUAAACCGUUAAUUUUUUUCAGGAUUCGUUGCUCUGGGUGCCGGAUUUCAUUGAUUUUGUCAUCAGUGAAUACUUCAUUAUCAUUGUUUAACGGAGCGAUGUGCGGUUACGAUUCGCAUAAAUAUAUAAAUGAAAAAUGUAUUGUAUACAACUGUUAUCCUUAAAAUUGUACUAUUACACUAUUCAAUCUACUGUACACUACGAAAAUACAAAAUAAUCAUUAAUACACGUAACAA